GCUGCGCCGCUACCACAGAGCGCUUCCGGUGAGCGCGGCGGAAGUGACGUAGUGCGCGGCGGCCGGGAUGGCGGCGCCGAAGGUGAAGCAGGACAUGCCCCCGCCGGGCGGCUACGGCCCCAUCGACUACAAACGGCACCUCCCUCGCCGCGGCCUCUCAGGUUACAGCCUCUUCGCGCUCGGCAUCGGCAGCCUCCUGCUGGGCUACUACACCAUCGUCAAGUGGAACCGGGAGCGCAGGCGGCUGCUGAUCGAGGACCUGGAGGCGCGCAUCGCGCUGAUGCCGCUGCUGCAGGCAGAGGCGGACCGCAGGACCCUCCGCCUCAUGCGGCAGAACCUGGACGAGGAGGCCAAGAUCAUGAAGGACGUUCCCGGUUGGAAGGUUGGCGAGUCCCUAUUCCACACCGACCGCUGGGUGCCCCCGACGGUGGAUGAGCUCUAUUACCUGCGCCCGGCUGCCGAGAUGGACAACGAGAAGUUCGGGCUGCAGUACUAUGUCUGAGCGCCGGCCCCGCGGGGCUGCGGGGGGGGGCUCAGCAUUAAAUCUGCGCGGGUACACAGCGA